CAAAAGAGCUUAAGAUUGAGUAGUGCUUGUACCUUGAUCCAGUAUUGUCAGUGUUUAUAUAAUUGUAACUCUUAAACUUGACUUCCUGAGCUCCUCUCUUCUUAUGCUAAUUUUUAUUAAAGCUUAAUUACAAUCAAACAGGACUUAAUUGGCAUCCAGAGAAGUAAUUGGCUGCUGCAGAGCAAUUUGAUGCCCACCCACAACCCCUCUUAGCACAUUUAAAGGUUCCAUACGCUAUCUGCCAAUUCAGAAUGCCUUUUCCUCCUCCAAAGACCUGGGGCUUCCUGUCUCUAUUGUGAGUCUCUGCUUGAUAUGGGUAGAUGUGCCAUACUGUUUGCAAAUGCUGGGAAUGACAAUAUGGAAGAAUUAUUAAUCAAAGACCUAUCUCUUCUAUCUGAAGACUUUCCUUCGGGGUUUAAUAGACUGAGUCAGAUGGUCCUGAUAUUAAUCAAAAUUGUCUCUUCUGAGGAGCUCUGAUAAGCAUUGACUCUGUGGCCUCUGGGGAAAUCUGGCCAACUACAAAGCUUUGCUUUAUUUUUCAUUUAAAUUAAUAUUGUGAUUUCCUACUCUUCUCUUUUUGACAGUUGUAAUUGCAGAAGUGUGUGUUCUGUACAUUUACAGCAUUUCUGAUGUUCAUGCUGCUUUAUACAUGGUUUUUUUUUUGUUUUUGUUUUUUUGGAGGGGGUGGGGGAGGACUUCUGUGCUUUCUCUUUUUAUUUAACUUUUUUCUCCCCACUCAUUGAAAUGUAAUAAAACAAGUGAUUGCAGAUAUAACAUACUUUUUUUUUUUUUUUCCCGUGAACUGAAUAAAAAGUUUAGUUUUGCAUGUGUUUGCUUUGUAUAAACCUGUUUCUACUAGAAAGCAAUCAAUUUUCUUUUAAACGGUACUAGCAAAAUGAGGCCAGAAAAGCUGACAUUUCCAAGGCUUAUUACCAUUCACACUUCUAAGAUAGGAUUCUCGGCUUCCACUGUUUUAAAAAGCUGAAGCAGCACAUUUUUAUGCUUUUAUUGACAUGUGCACAACCCUCUGAAACCAAGCAGGGUUUAAAAUUUGCCUAGAAAUCUGCUGGUG